GAAGAAGACACGCUCUGCUGACAACUGCUCAUCUAGGACAGCAUCAUGCUCAGUCUACUGCGCCCCCUAACGGCCAUCUGCUUGUACCUGCUGCUGCCCGGCGGCCACGGCAGGAUCCCCGAGUACAACAAUGGCUUUUACUACCAGGACAUCAGCAACGGAAACGGAAACGGAGAGAUCUAUUUCAACGGGAUUCGCCUCCACGUGGAAUCCCCGCAGCCUGCAGUGUCGGCGACCAGGGGGAGCAGCGUCACCCUUCCCUGCCACUACCACUAUGAGCCUGAACUGGCCUCCCCUCGCAGGACCCGGGUCAAAUGGUCCUGGUUGCCUGCCAACACUAUCAGAGCACCUGUUUCCCCUGCAGCCUCCCCCAGGGAAACUGAGGUUAUGGUCGCCAUGGGCAACCGUCACCGCAGCUACGGCAGCUUCCGGGGUCGCGUGCGCCUGCGACGCUCAGCACCAGGGGACAUGUCUCUAGUUAUCAAUGAGCUGCAACUCAACGACACGGGCAGAUACCGCUGUGAGGUGAUUGACGGCCUAGAGGACGAGAGUGUGACGGUGGAGCUGGAGCUGCGGGGGGUGGUGUUCCCCUACUACUCUCAGAAAGGCCGCUACCAUUUUAACUUCUUUGGGGCACAACAAGUAUGCCAGGAUCAGGACGCAACUCUGGCUACAUUUGAGCAGCUCUUUGCAGCGUGGGAGGACGGGCUAGACUGGUGUAACGCUGGCUGGCUGGCUGAUGGCACAGUGCAGUAUCCAAUAACAGUCCCCCGUGAUGGCUGUGGGGGUGCAGACUUAGCUCCUGGUUUGCGUAGCUAUGGAGAACGACAUCGCCUCAUCCACCGCUAUGAUGCUUUCUGCUUUUCUGCAUCUGUCAAGGGGACUGUGUACUUCUUAAAGCACCCGACCAAGCUCAACUUCACAGAAGCAGUCCAGGCUUGUGCCAAUGAUGGAAGCCAAAUUGCCAAAGUGGGCCAGAUGUAUGCCGCCUGGAGGCUGAUGGGAUUGGACCGCUGUGACGCCGGCUGGUUGGCUGAUGGAAGCGUCCGUUAUCCUAUCACCAAGGCACGGGCAAACUGUGGCCCACCAGAACCAGGGGUGCGUAGUUUUGGGUUCCCCCCUCUGUACCUGAAAUAUGGCGUCUACUGUUAUCGGUAGAUGAUUUGGCUCAACAAAAGACAAAAACAAACCAUUCAACAUCAUACAGGUUUAAAACUCUGCUUGAGGGGCUAGCAUUAGCUGUAGCCUGGAAGCAAAUCAGCAGUUAGCGAGAUUGUUCAUUUUUGAGGUCAUUUGUGUUAAUUGCUCUCCACCUCCAUAAGACUGUAACUGAUGUCUCGGUAUUGAACUUUACUACCAGUCAACAACUGUUACACCAUGUACAUCCAUCAUGCGAUGCCACUUGUUCUUAGACAAAUGUACAUAAAAGUAUAUGGACAGGGGUUUCUUCCCAUCUUCUUGGAUUCAUUGCUGCACAGGUCAAAUCAAGCUAAUUUUGCUUCACUUUCUUUGCAACUGUUUUGAAUUUUGGCUGAAAAGCCUCGACUUUGAUCAACCACCACUGACUUCAAUUCUUAAGACAAUUCAUUUCAAACUCUAUCCUGUACCCUGUAUUUAUUCGACAAAACAUUUACAUUGUCUUUUUCGGCAGUGCUUUUCAAAACAUUGCAGUCAAUCCACAACAAACAUUUAAAAUUAAAUCUUAGGAACAUCAUACUAUACUCGCAAAUGUUUUUCUUAAGUGCCUUGCUAAAGGGCACCUUAAUGGUUGAUGGUAGUGGAGAGUGUUUUAUUUAAAUAUUAUACAUUAUUUUUCUGUCAAAUUGUUUCAGUUGUUCCAUGAUUGUACACUCACUAAUUGUAGGUUACUUCCACCACAGACUCUCUCUGUCUUUCUAACACUGUGAAAAAUACCGGAGUCUUUGUGCGUCUCCUGAAAUGUCUGUUUCUGAUUUUAUAAAGUAUAAUGCAUCUCUUUUUCAUUUUUCUGGGUGAUUAAGGGUAGUGCUCUGUGAUGGAGAAUGCAGACGUUAUGAGUGAGUAUCUGUAUUGUUGUAAUAUUUAAAGUACCUUGUUUACAUCCAUUGUGGAAGGAGAAACAGUGUUUCAUUACAUAAAUGUACCUUUUUUUGUUUUUCAUUAUACAUGUCUAUGCAUUUGUACUAUUUUCUACAAAUAAAUAACAACACUACUGUAAAGACA